UAGGAUCCUUCCUUUUUCAAAAAAAAAAAUUCUCUCCUUAACCAUUCUCUGUCCCUCAAAACAGUUCAGUUCUGUCUGGUAAUAAAAACAAAAUCCUGAAGUCAAUUUGCUUCGUCAAGAUUCGCUUUUUUUAACAUCUCUACUCUCUUAAGGAUUCAUGGACUUCUCGAACUCCUGAGUCUCCCCAGAAACCCACCAUGGAUAUCGAAUCCAGAACUUAUCAGAACACCGUCAAGAAGGAAUCAUGGAGAACGGUGCUGACAUUAGCCUAUCAGAGCUUAGGAGUCGUGUACGGAGACUUGAGCAUCUCUCCUCUUUACGUAUUCAAAAGCACCUUCGCGGAAGACAUCGAACACUCCGACUCCAACGAAGAGAUCUUCGGCGUCUUGUCGUUCAUCUUCUGGACCAUCACCCUCGUCCCUCUCUUCAAAUACGUCUUCAUCGUCCUCAGAGCCGACGACAACGGCGAAGGAGGCACCUUCGCUCUCUACUCCCUCCUCUGCCGUCACGCCCGGGUCAACUCGCUCCCGAGCUGCCAGCUGGCCGACGAGCAGCUCGCCGAGUACAAGACCGAGUCGCCGUCGGAGGAGGAGAUGGGCCCUCCGUCGGGGUUCGCGGCGAGGUUGAAGUCGACGCUCGAGAAGCGGAGAGUGCUGCAGAAGGUUUUGCUCGUGCUGGCUUUGAUCGGGACUUGUAUGGUGAUUGGUGAUGGUGUCCUAACGCCUGCGAUUUCCGUUUUUUCUGCAGUAUCAGGUGUUGAGCUUUCAACGGCCAAGGAGCAUCACAAGUAUAUAGAAGUACCUGCUGCUUGUGUAAUUUUGAUAGGUUUGUUUGCGCUCCAGCACUACGGUACACACCGAGUCGGGUUCUUGUUCGCUCCGGUGAUUCUGCUGUGGCUUAUGUGCAUAAGCGCCAUCGGUGUUUACAACAUUUUCCAUUGGAACCCGCAUGUGUACCAAGCCCUCUCUCCUUAUUACAUGUACAAAUUUCUCAAGAAAACUCAGAGCAGAGGUUGGAUGUCCCUUGGUGGGAUCUUGCUCUGCAUUACAGGCUCAGAAGCGAUGUUUGCUGAUCUCGGUCAUUUCUCUCAACUCUCCAUCAAGAUUGCUUUUACAUCACUUGUUUACCCGUCUUUGAUACUUGCUUACAUGGGACAAGCAGCUUAUCUAUCUCAGCAUCAUGUCAUCGACACCAGUUACAACAUUGGGUUCUAUGUAUCUGUGCCAGAGAAACUGAGAUGGCCUGUUCUUGUGAUCGCUAUACUCGCUGCUGUUGUUGGAAGCCAAGCCAUCAUCACCGGAACGUUCUCCAUCAUCAAACAGUGCUCUGCGUUGGGAUGCUUCCCCAAAGUGAAGAUUGUUCAUACGUCGUCGAAAAUCCACGGUCAGAUCUACAUCCCUGAGAUCAACUGGCUCUUGAUGGUCCUUUGCUUAGCUGUCACCAUCGGGUUUAGAGACACUAAGCGGUUGGGUAAUGCUUCAGGUUUGGCGGUUAUAACCGUUAUGCUGGUGACGACAUGUCUGAUGUCACUAGUGAUCGUGCUCUGCUGGCACAAGAACAUCCUCUUCGCUAUCGCUUUCGUUGUUUUCUUCGGCACUAUCGAGUCGCUCUACUUCACGGCUUCGCUCAUCAAGUUCCUCGAAGGCGCGUGGGUUCCAGUCGCCCUCUCCUUAUGCUUCCUUGCGGCGAUGUGCACGUGGCACUACGGGACGCUCAAGCGUUACGAGUUCGACGUGCAGAACAAAGUCUCGGUCAACUGGCUCCUCAGCCUCGGCCAGACGCUGGGGAUCAAACGCGUCCGCGGCGUCGGGCUCAUACACACCGAGCUCGUCUCCGGCGUCCCGGCGAUCUUCUCUCACUUCGUCACCAACCUCCCUGCCUUCCACCAAGUGCUUGUUUUCCUCUGCGUUAAGUCCGUCCCGGUCCCGCACGUCCGACCCGAGGAGCGGUUUCUGGUCGGACGCGUGGGGCCGAAACAGUACCGGAUGUACCGGUGCAUCGUGCGGUACGGGUACCGGGACGUCCACAAAGACGACAUCGAGUUCGAAGGAGAUCUUGUGUGCAGCAUCGCUGAGUUUGUCCGGUCUGAAGCUGCGACCGCGGUCGUUGCGGAGACUAAUGGAGAUGAUGAUGAUGAUGAGAGAAUGUCUGUGGUCGGAACUUGUUCGACGUACAUGCAAGGGGUCGAGGAUCACGACGGGAGCGAUUCUGACGAUCCGGAUAAGCCCGGGACGUCAGAGAUUCGUUCUCCCAUGGCGAGGAAGAAGAAGAAGAAGAAGAGUAAGGUUAAAAAGAAAGUGAGGUUUAUCGUGCCGGAGACUCCGAAGAUAGAGAAAGAGACUAGAGAGGAGUUGAUGGAGCUAACGGAGGCGCGUGAGGGAGGCGUGGCUUAUAUAAUGGGAAACGCGUAUAUGAGAGCGAAGCAUGGGUCAGGGUUGGUGAAGAGAGUGGCUAUUAACGUUGUAUACGAGUUUCUUAGGAGGAACACUAGAGGUCCAAGAACCGCACUUACCUCGCCUCAUGCGUCGACGUUAGAAGUUGGUAUGAUCUACCAUGUUUAAAAGGGGUAUAUUCGUCUUUUUAUUUUGUACAUGGUUUUGGUGUGUGUUAAUUUGAAAAGUGAAAUAGAUUGUAGCUCAAGAAAUUUUGUAUUGUGGAAGGUUUUGCUAAAGGUUAACUCACUUCGAAUCGGAUAGAGAGUAAUUUCUUUUCUUUCUUUUAUUGACUUCUGAAAAAAAGCUUUGUACAAAACAUAUUGGUGUAAUGUGCAUAAUAUAGUAUUAUUUUAUUUAAA